CGAUUGCCUAUCAACUCUUGAACAAAAACCCCACAUCUGGACUCUCAUAUUCUCCAGAAAAAUGUCUCGAAGCGAAUCACCGUUUGUCCGCGCACCCAUAGAAGAUGAGGGUUACAAUUCAAUACACCGCGCAUUUCUCCAGGCCUUUCAGACAAACGGCGUUCUCACUAUGGAGGAGAUGAAGCCCAUUCUAGCCCAUAUAAUGACAGCAUACAACCCCAACCGCCCAUGGACAGAAGGCGAUGUGACGCAGCCUUACCUGACAUCGACAAUACAAACCAUCAACGCCAAACUUGAAACUUUUGACUAUGAAAUCCGCUCCAUGCGUGACCAGCAAAGCAAAGACGUUGUGUACGCACUUGUGAAUAACACAAGCGACGCACUCACACAGCUUGCAACCACCUUCUCGGCCAACGAAAUCGCAUACAUCCGGCGCCUCCUGGACCAUAUGUUUGAGACCAACAACACUAGCGUCCGCGAGACAAUGGCUGUAAAGCACACAGAAGCAUCGCAGCUCGCCCGCGUAUCGCGACGCAACAGACUAAGUCAGUUCAACGGCACACCGACGCAAUUCAACGGCGAAAUGCCAGACACGCAAGGCGCAGACACGAGCAUUUCCAUUGCCGAAGCCGACAACGUGCUAGACAGCCUCGUAGCACAGGGCUUCUUCAACAAGUCCCGCGCGGGAUACUAUUCACUUGCUCCCCGGGCCCUGAUGGAACUCCGCGCCUACCUCAAGGAGACAUACAAUGAGUCUGCUGACGAGAACGAAGAUGGAAGAGAAAUCAUUCGCAUCCGAGAUUGUGAGGGUUGCAGGGAGAUUGUCACGGUCGGUAUCAGGUGCAAUAACAAAGAGUGCGGAGUGAGGUGGCACGAUGCGUGUGCGAAUAGCUACUAUAGGGGGAGAAGGGAUCGAGAAAGAAAGUGCCCGAGGUGCCGGACAGAGUGCACGGGAGAUGUGUUUGUGGGCGAGAGAGCGGAUAGGGUGGCUGCGAGAACGAGUAACGAGGGAAGCAGGAGAAGUACACUGCACGAGAGGGCGGAGGAAGAUGAUGAUGAGGAUGAGGAUGAUGAAUAACGAGGUGUUCAUGUCGAUGGCUCACAUAACAUGGUCACUUAUGAUACCCCAGUUGGAUCUUAAGCGCUGAAAUGCUUUGGCAUCAAGCCUACAAGGAAAGCAAAAUGGAAAGAUAU